AUGCAUCUAGGAAACAACGCAUACGGUGUGGUGCUCGAGGAAGGCACCAAUUACAUUAAAUCAUUCUCGACGGCAAUCCUCGAUCUCUUUAUCAGCGCUCCGGAUGAAGAUGAACCAGUACUGUACGAAUGGCAAUUGGAAGUGCAGCGUCAUUUGGAUGACCCUGAAUUCAGUCUUCUCAGGAUCGGCAUUACAAGUGACAGCCUGGUCUCCGCAGAAGUGCGUCGCAUGGGCAUGGAGACUGCGCCGCUUCUUGCUGGAUCGAUUCUGGGGAUGAUACUGUUCGUUGUGGGCAGCUCGUUUAGGUCAGCCAAACCGCUUUUCGUUAGUGAAACUAAUACUGCUUCUGGUGAAUAAAA